AACCUGGGAACAUGAUGGGACCUCUGCUAGUUCAUCUGCUUUUUCAAGGUGUUCUGUUGUAUGAUGCUUUGGGAUGGGAAGUGAGAAUGCCAAAGGAAAUUCACGGCCUCAAAGGUUCCUGUCUGGUUAUACCAUGUUCUUUCAGCUACACAUCAUACCCACCCAAAAACCCACUUAGAGUUGUGUGGUAUCAGUGGGUCUCUAAAGGUUAUCCUUUAGUUUACGAUCCUUUGCAUGCAAGCGAUGUCAUUGAGAAAUUCAAAGGCAAAACUAAUUUAUAUAGAAAAUCAGGGAAUUGCAGUCUGCUGAUUACCGUACUGGAACUGUCCCACCAUGGAGAGAAAUUAUAUGCAUGGAUUGACCCUGAAAAUGUUGGAUGGCGCACCUACAAAUUUUAUGAUGUCACCUCUACAGUCCUUGUUGAUGCAAGUCCACAGCAGCCCAGCAUCAGUAUUUAUGGAGGUGAGAAAAUGGGUGACACCAUCACAGUAGAAUGUUCAACUUUCCACACGUGUCCAUACAGCAAACCAACAAUCACUCUGAACGGUAUAGAACGAAAUGACCAAAUCAGGGAUGAAUCUAUUAAAGAUGGCCUGUUGAAAAUCACUCUGACAUGCACAGGUGUCGUAAGGGCAGAAAGCACGACUAUUAAGUGUUCAGUAACACAUCAUGGUGGCAUAAAAGCGACAGCUACAGAGGUCAAAAGGUCAAAAUGUGUUCAUCAUAACAUAACGAUUGAGCCUGAACUGGCAGAUGCCACUGAGGGCGUCGCAAAGAACUUCAUUUGUAGCGUCUACCAUUUCUGCCAGAAAGAGAAUCCAACCAUCACAUGGAACUAUGAGAACAUGCAGGUCACAGAGAGGAGAAAAACACUUUCAGGUUUAAAUCAGAUCAGCUAUUCCAGCAUAACCUUUCUGGGUGCAAAAGAAGAUCAUGGGAAGAAAUUGAUUUGCACUGCAAAAUUUUCUGGAGGAGACAUUUCAGCUUCUGUUGUUUUACAUGUACAACAGUACCAGAAACCAGUCCAGAUCCUGAAUGAAACUCAUUUCCAAUACGUGGCAGACGUGAUACCCAAGAUCACCGCGUUGCCUCGUUCAUGUGUGGUAAUACCGUGCAGUUUCAAGAUGGAAGAGGAAUAUGUCACUCAUCUUCGGGUUCUUUGGGUCACUGAAGGAGGUGGCUACAUGUCCCACACCGACCCAGACGAUGUCUUGGACAACUUCAAAGGCCGCACAAGACUCCUCGGAAACCCGGAUGAGCAGAACUGUACUGUGGAGAUGGAUAAUGUGCAAACUCAUGACAACGGGCCGUUCUGCUUCCGAGCAGAAAAAGGAAACGAGAAAUACAGCUUCAAAAACAGCUGUGUGUUCAUUAUAAUGCGGGCACCCGUCAAACCUGUGAUGUCAUCCCUCCCUGAAGACAUCGAGCCCAGGACACGAGUCGCCGUCAAAUGCUCAGUCAACCACACAUGCUCCUCUCACCCUCCCCAAAUCACCUGGAGCGUCCCAACAGCCCGAGAAACUAUCAGCCACAGUCACAUGGGUGGAGGCGUCUGGGAAACAGUGUCCGCUGUGAUCUUUAUUCCAACUGGAUAUGAAGAGAAAGAUGAAAUUGUCUGCACCGCCAAAUUUUGGGGUGGUAAAACACAGGAAAAUACUGCCUUCCUGAGUAUUAGAAGAGUUCAGGGGCUUAGAUUGGAGACUCUUGGGUCUAAUAUCAUUGCUCCCUCACUUGUGUUCAUUCUCAUUUGUGUACUUGCUGGAGUCUUCAUAUAUAAAAUGCGACACAGACAGCUUCAUCCAGAUAUGCAAGAGUCACAAUCGCAAUCUGAACGGAGGAGGUCAGUUUGGAACAGAUUAUCAAGCCGUUUAAGUAUGUCUGACAGAAGAGCAGCUUGGACUAAUAGAGGAAACAGGAGUGAUAGAAGGGACACUGGAGAUGAUACUCAAAGACAAAUGAGGCGUGAACAAAGACGGAGCAUUUGGAGCCGAUUUUCUAGACACCAAUCACCCAGAACCAAUGCAAAUCUCAGAACAGAUUACAGAACAAACAACAUUUGUACGGUGUCAGGAAACAAGCCUUUCUCCAAACCUCAUAUGCCGUCACCAAAGAGUGAGCCAAAAUCCUCAGGUUAUGAUUAUGAGGCUGUUUACUCCAACAUGGAAGAUCUCAACGUGUAUGGAAAUAUCUGAUGAUAAUGAUCAACACAAAGUUCAACAGUUUUUUCUUUUUUAAAUGCUCAAAAUAAUAUUAAUCAGAUUAUAUGCUUUCAAAUGUAAUCACUCUUUUUGAGUCUGUAUUGACUUAAAUGAUUUUAUUAAUGUUGUUGUCUCUGUUGUACUCUGCCAUUUAUCAACACUUUCCAGCAUAUUUGUGUGAAAACAUAACAAUAAAUAUA